GAGUGCUUGAUGAAGCGUUCUCUUUUCUUUUUUCCAACAGAAUGAAGCUGUGCUGGAGUUUGGCUCUCGUGGCCGUCGCCCUGUUGGUGAUUCUUACGACCGCGCGAGCGGAAGCUGAUCUGUGGGAGGAGGAUGACAAGGAGGUGCUUGUGCGGACAGUGCGCGGUACUAAGGAACGAACAUCCGGCAGCUCCUCGUCGUGCAGAUACGUAAAGGGUCAAUGGUCGGAAUGCGACUCGACUACCAACACGCGGUCGCGCACUCUGAACCUCAAGAAGGGUGACAAGUCCUGCGAGCAGACCAAGACUAUACAGAAGAAGUGCAAGAAAGCAUGCCGAUACGAGAAAGGCACGUGGAGCGGAUGCGUGAAUCAGGUAAUGACGAGAAUCGACAAUCUGAAAGCAAACAGCGAUACAUCCUGCGAGAAGACGCGACGGCUGACCAAGAGGUGUAAACCGGAGACCAAUACCAAGAAAUCUGCCAAAGGUGAACGGUCGAACAAGAAAUCGGGCAAGCAGUAAUU